CCUUUCUUCUCACAACCUCCUUUUCUACAACAGAACAUAUCGCCCUCGCUCUACCAGGCGUUUCCGUUACCGCUCUUUUCCCUCCAAUGCUCUCCCAAAUACUGAUGGAGCCAAAGUACUGCUGAAAAGACCAAGAAGAAUUGAAGGUCCUAGAAAAAGUAUGGAAGACUCUGUCCAACGCAGGAUGGAGCAAUUUUAUGAAGGUUCAGAUGGACCACCCCUCCGAGUGCUUCCUAUUGGUGGGUUGGGUGAAAUUGGGAUGAAUUGCAUGCUUGUUGGGAACUACGAUCGUUAUAUCCUCAUCGAUGCCGGUGUCAUGUUUCCAGGCUAUGAAGAACUUGGAGUCCAAAAGAUAAUACCUGAUACAACAUUUAUUAAAAAGUGGAGCCACAAGAUUGAAGCUGUAGUUAUAACACACGGUCAUGAAGAUCAUAUUGGUGCACUGCCUUGGGUCAUCCCAGUGCUGGAUUCUCAUACACCAAUUUUUGCUUCAUCAUAUACAAUGGAGCUUAUAAAAAAACGUUUGAAGGAUCAUGGUAUUUGUGUUCCAUCCCGACUAAAACUAAUUAGAACAAGGAAGAAGUUUGUGGCUGGGCCAUUUGAGAUAGAGCCUAUCACAGUGACCCAUUCUAUUCCAGAUUGCUGUGGAUUAGUUCUUCGAUGUUCUGAUGGUAAUAUUCUUCAUACUGGGGAUUGGAAGAUUGAUGAAACACCAUUAGAUGGUAAAAUUUUCGACCGCGAAGCUCUAGAGGAACUCUCCAAAGAAGGUGUCACAUUGAUGAUGAGCGAUUCAACAAAUGUACUCUCACCAGGAAGGACAAUGAGUGAGUCUGUUGUUGCUGAUGCAUUAGUGAGGCAUAUUUCAGCUGCUAAAGGAAGGGUUAUAUUAACCCAGUUUGCGUCAAAUAUUAAUCGUCUUAGAAGUGUGAAAGCUGCUGCUGAUUUGACUGGCAGAAAGUUGGUAUUUGCUGGCAUGUCUUUGAGGACGUAUUUGGAUGCAGCUUGGAAGGAUGGAAAGGUUCCAAUUGAUCCAUCCACUCUGGUGAAAACAGAGGAUAUUGAUGCUUAUGCGCCUAAGGAUUUGCUGAUUGUAACAACGGGUUCUCAAGCAGAACCACGUGCUGCCUUGAAUCUUGCAUCUUAUGGAAGUGGUCAUUCUUUCAAAUUGACAAAGGAAGACGUUGUGUUGUAUUCAGCUAAGGUUAUCCCCGGUAAUGAGUCUCGUGUUAUGGAAAUGCUAAACCGCAUAUCAGAGAUUGGGCCAACCAUAGUCAUGGGAAAGAAUGAAUGUCUGCACACAUCUGGUCAUGGGUAUCGUGGUGAACUGGAGGAAGUGCUUAGAAUUGUGAAGCCACAACAUUUUCUUCCCAUACAUGGAGAGCUCUUGUUCUUGAAGGAGCAUGAAUUACUUGGAAAAUCAACUGGAAUUCAACACACUGCUGUUAUUAAGAACGGAGAAAUGCUUGGCGUUUCACAUUUGAGAAAUAGAAGAGUCCUUUCUAAUGGGUUUAUUUCACUUGGAAAAGAGAAUUUGCAGUUGAACUAUAGUGAUGGUGACAAAGCAUUUGGUACAUCAAGUGAACUCUUCAUUGAAGAAAGAUUGAGAAUCGCUUUAGAUGGCAUCAUUGUGGUUAGCAUGGAAGUAUGUCGCCCUCAAAACUUAGACAGUUCAGUUGAAAACACCUUAAAAGGAAAGAUAAGGAUUACCACAAAAUGCCUAUGGCUUGACAAAGGGAAGCUGUUGGAUGCACUCCAUAAAGCUGCCCAUGCUGCUCUUUCAAGCUGCCCUGUAAACUGCCCACUGGGACACAUGGAAAAAACUGUGUCUGAGUUGUUGAGGAAAAUGGUGAGGAAGUAUAGUGGCAAACGGCCUGAAGUUAUUGCCUUUGCUAUAGAAAAUCCUGCAGCUGUUAUCGCUAGUGAGAUAAACACAAGGUUGUCUGGUAAAUCCCAUGUAGGUGGGUUAUCAACAUUUAGAAAUGCAGUGCAUCAACACAGGAAAGAAAAUCAAUCCACCAAAAUGCAAAUGAGAGAUGAUGAUAAUGAUGUUGAAGGUCUUCUACCUAAGGAAGAUGCCACUACCUCAAAUGGAGCUUCCAGCGGUUAUGUUCCACGAAUGAAGUCCCAGAUGAAGAAUGAUGGUCCUGACGAUGCUGAAGAAUGUCAGUCUGAAAAGUCAUCAAAUUCUGAAGCCAAACCUUCCAAAUUAGUGAAGAGAAACAAAUGGAAAGAGGAGGAAGUUAAGAAGUUGAUUGGUGUGCGCGGGGAAUUGAAUGUCAUAUUUCAAUUUGUGAAGGGCAAAAAUGUUCUUUGGGAAGAAAUAUCCAAGAACUUGUUGGCUUAUGGGAUCAACAAAAAUCCCGGACAGUGUAAAUAUAUGUGGACAUCUUUGUUACAGAAAUAUGAGGAGAUCAAGAAUGAGAAGAACAGAGAGGAAAGAUGGCUAUAUCUGGAGGACAUGGAAAGGGUUCUAUCUGAUAACGAGGCACUAGCCAAAAUAUAACUGUUGACUGUGAUGAACAAGACAAGAUAAAUUUGCAAAAGCUUUCUUCAUAGAGAUUAAUAAUAAGUCUGAGCAUGCCCGGUAGGAAGAUAAUCCAUUAGUUGCAUGAUUAUUGCAUCGUGGAUCUGUGAGAUUGAAGAUCACUAGUUCCAUGAGGAGAUAGGCAGCAUUAGCAGGGAUUGCCAUUUACACUAACUGUGGUUAAGAAGAUAGUAUGAGUAUGCCGGUUCAGGGUUUAGGGUGAUUAUGUCCUCGAUCAAAUGGCAGUACCUUGGGACUUGGGUCAUUCCGAUGGCAUUGACAUAAAGAAAAGGAUUGAUAUAUUAAUUUCAAGGAGACCAAAAUAAUUAUAUUCUAUAAAGUUGUACUAAUUAAUUUCAUUAUUCUUGUUAGUGGCAUGUGUUUGGGCGUCAUAAAUCAACUGAUGAAUUCUUCAUUGUGGGCACAUACAACUGUCAAUUGUAAAGGUCUACAGGUUUCUACUUUCCGUGUAUUUGGAUGUGAAAUCAUUUUGCCGAUCGCAUACCCCAAUGUUAAUUCCACUCCGUUUUUGGAAGCUA